UCCAUUUAUUUAUUAAUACUUUUGUAAAUUUUCUCUUGGGGAUUAACCUUCUCCUCCAGCGUUUCACUUCUUCGCAUGGAGGAAUCGAUUCCCUGCUUUUGCUUCCCAAUUUCUUCACGUGCUCGAGAUAUCCGAUGACUGCGAGAGUAGAGUAAAGAGCGGACGCCCUAACCCUAGCAACAUCUCCAUUCGUAAUCUUCCUACAGUCUGCUCACUUCACAUCCAACCCAGUCGUUGUUUUCCAUCGAAAUGAAGAAGAUCUGGCUGACUGCGUGCCUACCAGCUGACUAGUUUGUGUUUCUGGUGAUGGCAUUGGUUCACUUGGUGCUCAGUUUGACUCCUUACUCUCGCUGCUCUGUGAAUGGGGCUGUUGAAGAGAGAGGAAGGGUUAUUCCCCCGUCCGAGUUUUCAGGUGGCCGAAAUUUUUCAGGACGCAUAGCUGCAACCGGGUUAACGAAGAGGUUAUCUCUGGAGGCGAGAGCUAGCCUGAGUCGGAGGGACUUCGGAGGAGGGUCUACAUUGAAGGUUACGGAGGUGGAGAAUGGGCAGAUCGUAGGGCUGGUUGAGAUUCCAGUCACAUGUUAUCAGCUUUUAGGUCUUUCUCUGAAAGCUGAGAAGGACGAGGUUGUGAAAGCUGUGAUGGAUUUAAAAAGCUCGGAGAUUGAGGCUGGUUACUCAGGAGAUGCCAUUACUUCACGGCAGCAUCUUUUAAUGGAUAUCAGAGACAAGCUCCUUUUUGAACCAGAAUAUGCUGGCAAUUUAAAGGAAAACAUUCUACCAAAAUCUUCUUUACGCAUUCCUUGGAUUUGGUUGUCUGGUGCUUUGUGCCUUCUUCAAGAGGUAGGAGAAGAAAAAAUGGUACUAGGAAUUGGCAGGGAGGCUUUAGAACAUUCUGAUGUUAAGCCAUAUGUUCACGAUGUGCUUCUCUCCAUGGCUCUAGCUGAAUGUGCAAUUGCGAAGGCUGCUUUUGAGAAAAACAAAGUGUAUGAAGGAUUUGAAGCUCUGGCUCGUGCUCAGUAUCUUCUAAAGAGUAAAGCUUCUCUUGGAAGUAUGCCUUUGCUAUCCCAGAUAGAAGAAUCCUUAGAAGGGCUUGCUCCAGCUUGUACUUUGGAGCUGUUAGACUUGCCUCAGAUCUCUGAUAAUGCUGAUCGGAGAAGAGGUGCUAUUGCAGCCUUGCGUGAGUUACUCAAACAAGGUCUUGAUGUUGACACUUCUUGUAGUGUUCAAGACUGGCAUGGCUUCUUAAGCCAAGCCUUGAAUAAGUUAAUGGCCGCUGAAAUAGUUGAUCUUCUUUCGUGGGAAAACUUGGCUUCUUCUCGGAAGAAUAAGAAAUUACUGGAAUCUCAAAACCAGAGAGUUGUUAUUGAUUUUGAUUGCUUUUAUUUGGCGAUGAUUGCUCAUUUAGCUCUUGGUUUUUCAACAAGGCAGAUGGAUUUGAUUGACAAAGCUAAAAUCAUUUGCGAGUGUUUGAUUUCAUCAGAAGGUGUAGACUUGAAGCUGGAGGAAGCAACUAUCUCAUUUCUUUUGGGGCAGGUUGGUGAAGCAGCAGUCUUUGAGAAGCUUCAGCAGCUUGAUAGCAAAGGGAACUCAUCCUUGCAAAGUUCUACUGCAGAUAUUCCGAAAACAGAAGUCAAGGACAAGCAGGCCAUGUAUCAAUCACUAGAAAAAUGGCUGAACGAUGCUGUCCUUUCUCUGUUUCCUGAUACACGAGAAUGCCCUUCCUCUUUGGCAAACUUUUUUGGUGGGCCAAAAAGGAUUCUGAACGCCUGUAAUAAAAAAUUAGGAACUUCAACUGCCUCCUAUUCUAACAAAAGAUCGCCUUUGUUUGGCCUUUCAGUUGACAAUACCAAAUUUGUUGAGCAUUCUCCUGUAAAAUCAACAAAACAUGCGGGAGAUGCGGUUAAACAGCUCGCACCUGUGAGCAUACAGACCCAAUCAAGCGUGAAAAAGGUUACCAGUAUGACCACCAAUACAUCAAAUUCUCCAUUGAAGAGAAACCUUAGUCUCCAGAAUUCUAAAUUUUGGGAAAGCUGGAGCCUUACUGGUGAUCUUCUCGGAAGGAUAGCAUGCACCACUUUUGUUGGCUGUGUCAUCAUCGGUGUACUAAAGAUGCUAAGCACUGAGUUGACUCAGCACAGAAUCUCACAUCCAUUGCAGCCUAAUCAAUCGAUGAUGAACAGCAAUGCCUGCAUGUGGACAUUUGGCUACACGCCUGGUGUGAAUAAGAGUAUUUUCAGUCAGUUUAAAUAUCUGAUGGAACUUUUCAAACAUUACUAUAGAAAUCCAGCAGAUAGAAGAAAAAUACAAAAUUCUUUGCUUAUUGAUAACCUUUCAUCUUUAACUAUGGCAUCAGCUGUUGCUGGAAAUGCUGCACACAGAAGGCAUAUGCCGUCCGAAGAAGCAGAAAGACUGGUGAAACAAUGGCAAGAUAUCAAAGCUAAGGCAUUGGGCCCUGAUCAUCAAAUAGAUAGCCUGUCUGAGAUUCUUUCUGAAUCAAUGCUGUUGAAGUGGCAGGAUUUAGCAUCUUCAGCCAAAAAUGGAGCAUGCUUUUGGAGGUUUGUUUUGCUCAAAUUGUCUAUUCUUAGGGCUGACGUAAUACUAGAUGAGUUUAGUGAUGAGGUUGCUGAAGUUGAGGCAUUGGUAGAAGAAGCUGCUGAGCUUGUAAAUGAUUAUCAGCCCAAAAAACCAAGCUAUUACAGUACAUACAAAGUCCAAUAUAUGUUAAAAAAACAGGAUGAUGGUUCAUGGAGGUUCUGUAGUGGCGAUAUCAUUGAUACUUCUGCAUGAACUUCAUAUAUACAAUAUUAUUGAGAGAGAACUUCGUGUUUGCCGACUUUUUAUCUUCUUACAGCUUUGUGCAGAAAAAAUGAUGACCGUUUGGUAGACUGCACCAACUUGAUAUAUCCAGUGAAAAACAGAAGCGGUUCUGCAUCAUAAAAUAAAUUACUGUUGCUGACAUAGCCGACCCUGUAGUUAUUUUUUCCAAUAUUGUAGUCUAACCUGUCUGUUGAAUUUGUAGCUUGUUCCAGGUUUUUAUAGUAUCAGUGAACUAUGCUGCUUGCAUUUGGCAAUGUGAAUUGUUUCCUUUAAACUAACGAUAAAAUUCAUUCCAUUUGGUCUUCUGAUUAUUGUCCCAUUUUUCGAUGUUG